AUGCAUCAUCAUACUGAAACCGAAUUAAUAGAGCUUCCAACCAGUUCUUCUUCUUCUUGUUUUUUUUCUCUUUUUCUUUUCUUUUUUUCAUUUUUUUCUUCUUUUCUUUUUUUCACUUUUUUCUUCUCCUUCUUUCUCCUUUAUUUCUUUUUUUUUCAUUUUUUUGUCUUUUCUUUUUUCCACUUUUUUCUUCUCCUUUUUUCUGCUUUUCUUUUUUCACUUUUUUCUUCUCCUUUUUUCUCCUUCUUUUCUUUUUUUUCAUUUUUUUCUUUUCUUUUUUUCACUUUUUUCUUCUCCUUUUUUCUCCUUUUCUUUUUUUUCAUUUUUUCUUUUCUUCACUUUUUUCUUCUCCUUUUCUUUUUUUUCAUUUUUUCUUUUCUUUUUUUCACUUUUUUCUUCUCCUUUUCUUUUUUUCUUCUUUUCUUUUUUUUCACUUUUUCUUCUCCUUUUCUUUUUUCACUUUUUCUUCUUUUCUUUUUUUCACUUUUUUCUUCUCCUCUUUCUUUUUUUCACUUUUUUCUUCUCCUCUUUCUUUUUUUUUCAUUUUUUUCUUCUUUUCUUUUUUUCACUUUUUUCUUCUCCUUUGUUCUCCUUCUUCUUUUCUUUUUCUUCUUUUUUGUACCAUGUCCCUUCAGGACAUUAGUUAUCAUGGCUCUCUACAACUUCCUUCUUUUGUAG